CCAAUUCGUGAUGUUGCAACAAGUAGCAAUUUUAAAAAUAAUUCAAUUUAUACAGUUCAAAAUGAUGGAAUUAAAUUGGAAGCUUUAUUAUUGGAUAAUAAUAAAUGGUCUGUAUUACAAGAUUUAUUAAAUUUAUUAAAACCUUUUGCUCAAAUUACAGAUAUUAUUAGUGGAAGUCAAUAUCCAAUAUUAAGUAUGAUAUACCCAGUAUUAAUCAAACUUAAAAACCAUCUUAUUAAUUUUAAGACUCAUGCUAAUCAAGUAGCACUAAUAAUAAUUCAAACAAGUGAUUGUAUUGAAUAA